AUUCUCAACUGGAGAAGAAUCUGAGAAGUGAUCCGUUUGAUGAAGUGACCACUGGAUGAUUUUCUCCCAACGUAAAGUCACGUGGGAUUAUCGUCGUAGUCAAAACGAUGGUACGGGCAUCGUUAACGAGCUAAUACGGUCACGCUCCGUGACAUAGUACGUUUGGGUGAAUGCAGGAAGAGAAUAGCGAGUAGGCUCGGAAGCAGGGUUGAUACAAAUGGAUACCUAUGGAGGGCUCUGGCUACGCGAACAAGCUCGACUGGUGUAAUUUAGCCACGUUUUAGGGCCAAGGGUCAAUCGUAAAGUGUCCUCGGUGCAGCCCAUAAAAUCACCUCUUUCCAGUGCGAUUCUGGGUGGAGUUGGACAGAGAGGGUUCCCUUAGUCAAUCGUCGAUUGUAGUGCGGCCGAUAGUAGAGUUUGCAUUGAAACUUUUCUCACUGGGUUUCACAUUGCUUGCAAAUAAGAAUUCAUCGAAAUACAGAUUCAUCUAACUGGGAUAUUUAUUGCUCCAAGUCUGUCGGACUUUGUUCGCUUCACCUUCACUUUCGGAAUCAUUGCAAGGGGUGCAAAUGCCGUCUGUAUACACAGAGUUACCGAAGGGUGGCUUCCUCUCGCGUAAGAAAUCUCAGGAAGCUCAGCAUCACAGACAAGCUAAUCCCCAGGCUCAAUCACCUGCAGAUUCUUUUUUCACCCCAACUAGUUUUAUGUAUUUCUCCAGGAUCCGUAGAUCCAAUUCACUUUAUAUUUGGUACGCAGAGCUCGGAGGAUCGCCACCGUGUCAGGAAAGCUUCGUUACAAUUUCAGCGAUAGUGCAUUGAGCCCUCAAUGGAGGAGUCUAUCAAGAAAACAGAGAGCUUUUUUUCCCUACGGAAUGCAAUUGUUUCUACGAAAUUCUGAUGGAAGUUUUGUCGCGCACAGUGUGCAAUGGAUCGUCGAAAUUCCGAUCUCUUCUGGAUGCCCACCGGGCGUUAAAGAUCGGUAAUUAAUGAUGCGAAAAAUAUCGCAGAACUGCAAAUGCGUCCACCGCAUCCAUACGCCACGAUUCAAUGGACCAUUAAUCAAUUUUGUUCGCGUUUAUGGGGGCGACAUCUCGCUUCGACGUUUUCUCCUCCUAGAACCAGGAGCACAACUAAUUCCGAAAACCAUUUGCUCGACUUAGGAGCAGCGAGGCGAUAGUAACCUCUGGAUGAAGUGACUGGAUGAAGUGACUUCACAAGUAGAACAGCGAUGUUCGAGUCGCUCUCAGGGACAAGAAAACUGGACGAGGAAUCUUUUGAAUAUUCAUGAAUUCGACGGAAGUGUACGCUGCAACGGUUAUCGCUGAGAUGUACUUACAACGAGAGUAAAAAUAACUACUCAACUUGAAGUGUUGUUUCAGAGAUUACGAUGGCCCGGUCAUGAAUAAACAGUUCGAGUCGUCCUACUGAACUUCAACGUCACCGCGAUCAAACACAGCUGACUUUGAACGAGGUUCCAGAACGUAUGUUAAAAAAAAUAUAGUUUCGGGGUUUCCAGAGUCUCUUCCUCGGUUAACCUUUUAAGGACGCGGAUUUUUGUGGUGUAAUCGACCUUUUUUUACACGAAAUUCGUGCAUGAUGUCGAUGAGUUUUUAAAGUCGAGUGCGCCUGACCAAACUAGUGGUCGAUAUUUCGACCUGACCCGUUCUUCAAAGGUUAAUAAGGUUCUCAGUUCCCGCGCGUUUAUUUUCACAGAGUCAAUGCUAUUUCCGUUUGACAGUAACGACAAGGUGAGUUGAUUUUAGCUCCUACUCCGUAUUCACUGCCGUCACACUCUGCACUUCCUCCCAACUUUUGAGAAGAGUGGGGACCCCUCGGAUGAAGCAGCUGAGUUUCCUUUAAGAUGAAGCCAUUUGAGUCCGAAUAUAUAAACAAGCUACCGCAUUCCGAACAUCAUAACGACCAAGGGAAUUAAUAAAGAAAAAGAUGUCCGGGCUAAAAAGAGCUUUUGCACUCCUGACUUUGGCUGCUGUUGUCAAUUUCGGGGAUGCUCGAUCGGCUCAGAAAAUCAUCGGAGGCUCUAUGGCAGCACCCGGUGAGUUUCCUUAUCAGGUUUCGCUGAGAUGGAAGGGCCAGCAUUUGUGCGGAGGGUCGAUAAUCGACGAGCGUCACAUCGUCACCGCGGCCCAUUGCAUCAUUCCUGAGGUGAAGGAACCUUUCACCGACUUCGAUAUUAUGACCGGGACGAAUUCGAAUUCAGGCGGUCAAAUUCACGCUGUUAAGGCGGUAUUUCCGCAUGCAGAGUACAAUCCCUCGAUAGAACACGAUAUCGCUGUUGUUGAGCUAGUGGAGGACAUAAAGUUCGACGAUCAUCAAAACAAAAUCAACCUACCGAGUAACGCUACCAAAAGUGGCGUCGCGGUGGUCGCCACCGGAUGGGGUCUGACAAACCUCCAAAACCCCAAGCCAUCCAAGGGACUCAUGAAAGUGUCACUUUUCACUCUGGACUCCCGAGAGUGCCAGCUUUUUGCCAGUCGGUUCAAAAUAUCGGCUCACCAAAUCUGCACCUUCAGUGCUCCGGGACAGGGUGUCUGCAUGGGUGACAGCGGUGGCCCACUCGCGCUCGGCAACGUAUUGAUCGGUGUCGUUUCUUACGGUUUACCGUGUGCUCGCGGAUACCCGGAUGUUUAUACGAAUGUGUACAGCCACGUUGAUUGGAUCAAAGAAAAAGCUGGCAUGUCUUAGGUGUCUCGAGACAUAUCGAUGAAGACUGAUUAUUUUAAGUUUUACUUGCUGCCUGUCGAGGUCGGCAUUUUUAAUCGAAUGACACGGGCUGGAUUUAAUUUCCAUUUUGAAUGCGCUGUCAUCGCGGGUCCCAUCCUGGGACUGGAAGAUUGGGAUUCUUCGUGCGAUUCAUUAACCACCUCCACAGUUUGAAUUAUACGGCUUUAACGAAUUUCGAUCGUCGGUGCUCGUUGAGCAAAGUGAAAACAUCGAAU